GGUUGCUGAAAACUUUCAAAUCUUCUCCCGUUGUCGCGUAGAAAGUUACGUCGAUUUUCUCCUUACUUGUGGCUGGAAAAUCAGCCAUGGCGGGAGCGUAUCAACCAACAACAGUUCAGAAUGAAGAAAUAGACGAUGAUGAAAGGACAUUAUUUUGUAAUCCAUUCCAUGGUCGAAGAGAAGGAGAUAUAGAAAAGGCUCGCGGACAUCGAAGGCGCCAAAGCAAAAAGGACUUCGAUGCUGAAGGGCAAGAACGUGUGAAUCAGUGGUAAUUACUUCGAUCGAAUGUUUAUUCGUUGCUUUGGUAUUCUGCAGUUAGUUUAUUUUGGUCUUGAAGAUAAUACAUGUUCGACAGAUCCAAUAUCUGGCGCGAUUGUACAGCCAACAUGAUCUCGAUCGUGUGAAUUGAUCUUAAAUGAUCAUGCACGAAGCAUUUUUGCCAAUCGAUCGAGUUGUUGCAGUUUUAAGCUAACGAGUGCUUAACGGCAGUCUUUUCGCGCUUAUUAAGAAUUUAAGCAGAAUUUCUCAUGUUUGUUCCUUCUAUUGAAGGUUGUUUACACGCUGUGUUUCACGGCAAGAUGGCCAAGUUGACGACGGAGCGAGCAGUGCUGUUCCAACUCCUGCGGGUUCUGAGUAUCAUCUACCUGGUCGAGGUACAGCCGCAACAGAUACUGUACAUCCGAGCCAACUGAACCGUGCCCAGACGAUUAAAAAGUACGUACCGAUUGCUGCUGAUAUUUCUUUUUAUGUUAGGUUUUCUGUGGUCUCAGUAUUGUCCCUGGAAUUGCAAUGAAAGUAUGACGAACAACGUACCCACUUCAGUAUGUACAGCUAUAUUGAUGUUGUUGACUUCCGGUACAUAAAAUUUUAACAGAAAUCGAUUGCUCUUCGCUUAAAACAAAGAUUUGUUUGUUUUGAUGAAGUUUAUAUGUGACUUUAAUUCUGUUUCAUUCUUAAAUUAGUUCUGAUUAUCAUUUGGUAACCUGCUUGUGAAAAUCGCGUGAUGAAAUUUACACUUCAAUUCGAGUUGACCUUCUAAAUUUGCAUAAAAUAUCUUGAAACAUUUUCUUUCACUGUAACCGCGGAAACAAUAUUUGAUGGAAUGUGAAAUGACCGAACAUAACAAUAUUUAGAAUCCACUCGUUGUGUUAACGUGCCAAAAUGGCUUAUGCGAAUGAAGGCCGUGGUUCAUUUGACGCUAGGGCUACAGGCGUUUUUUACACCCAGCAACAUUACAACUUCGACGACUUGGAUGAGGGCACAGACUUCAACGAUGACGGAAUUUAUCCUCAGUUUAUACAGUACUAUCAAGAGAGAGAGCGUCCUAGACCCAGUUUUGAUCUCACGACUCUUGGACGGAUGGGUCCGAGGGCAAGUUUAGCGAGCCUUUCACAUACUCUAAAACGUGGAAAAGGGUAAAUGUCGACAGGUAUUUUAUACCCGGUAAAUCGAAUAAUCGAAUAAUCUUUGCCCCUAGGUGGAGACACUAAAUUGUUUUGGGGAUAUGUAAGUAAUGACUCCAUUAGAAACACUUUUGUGUUUGCAAAAGGUGUUGACCUUGAAUUAUAAAGCAAUUAGUUCAUGAUCAAGUCACAGUGUCUGGUUAAACAAUGGAAUUGUUAGUGUUUUAUUGUUUGAAAGGAGAACGAUCCAUGACAAAGUACAUAUGAGACUAAAAAAAUCUGAUAAGCGAUUGAUUUUAAGACUAAGACACUCAUUUGCAUAAACCAGUUGUUUUUAUCAACACACUCAAUGGCAUAAACCAGAUCUUUACAGAAAAGAGAACUGUUUUAAAUGCCACUUUGUCCCUGAUGUGACUUUUUUGUUAUUUGUAUAACCGGAGACAAAAUCAAGUCACCAUAGCAAUUAUCACCAUGUUAUGGUAACCCUUGAAAUAACAGAAACUUAUGACCUAGACAAUAAUGGAACAUUUGUUGUUACAUUUCAAGUGGGCAUGGUUUACAAAGAAAGUUACUGGAACAGUCAUAUUUUUUUUAAUUUCUUGCAACAAUGACUGAUUUCGAAACUUGAGUUUCAAACUCCGAGUUAAUUUGUGCCUUUCCAUCCAAUAUUUCAAUAUUGUUUGGUCAAUAAUGAGCUCUGUACACACAGCUAACAGUGUCGGUAGAAUAUUGCAUGAAACGGAUCUCAUUCGACAUGGAAAUUUAUUAAGGUCAUUCUCUACCUAAAUAUUAUAUAUUUUUAAGUCAAAGAUUGGUGUUUUAAAAAUUUUAUCAUGGCUUGAUUGGCUAAUCGACUCAUUAAUAUUUAUUCCACUGGUUACACCAGGUCAUUGCUCUCAACCUGUGAAAUCCAUGGUGCCCAGCAAAUGAUUUUUCUGAAAAAAAAACCUAACAUUCCUUUGUCGAUUAAGAGUAAAACUGAGUCACCGUUGCUACUGGGCACCAUUAAAGCACAGCUCUGUUACAUAUGCUACUUAUUUACUUAUAGCCGAGUGCCAUGGGAGAGAUACCCCCAGAAAAUGUGGUUGAUGAAAAGCGACUAGUGCCUCUCAAUUCUUACCCAUUUCAGACCAAAGUAUGAGAUUCUUCUCAUCCUACUGCAGGCGUAACUCAGAAUUCAAUACCAUAAUAAUUCAUACAAACUGUUGCAGAAUGUACUCCAUGAUGAAAUUAUGUUCUUAGCUAGUAGCUGCUUGGGUUUGCAUCAACGUCAUUAUAAGAUCUUUGAAUAAAACUACAGCAGACUUCUCAAGACCCUUUUUCAGAGCACAAUGGUAAAAACCCUAUAGCAAAUUUCAGACAAGAGGUGCUCAAAACCAUACUCUGUGCCACAAAGAGAGUGAAGUAAAUACAUCAGUUUAAGGAUGGUGAUCAUUUCAUGUUUCCUUUCCACAAGGGAUGAAAAAACUCAAUAACAGUUAGUAAUCUACUAAAGUUGUCAUGUUUUGAUUGAAUAGGAAAAUCAUUAAAAGCACAGAGAAUUUUUUUGGUCUUGGAGACUGUGAAGAACAGCAUGCUAACCUACAGAGGAAAUGGACUCAAAGAAGGAAACGACAUUACCAUAAGCGCUAUGGGGCUUUGGUGGAACAAGAUGCAGUGGAUGGUGCCAUGCAACGUGGCAAAUCAAGUGGUGCAGGUAGCAUCAGUAGCUAUCAAAGCUCUCGUCACACGCAAGCUGACCCUAACCUAGUACGCACAUUAAGCAGAAGAGAGUCAGUGGCAAGCCUGGCUUGGAAAAAAGUCAGGAAAAUGAGAGAGGAGCCUGGGGUAAUUUUUUUGUUAAUUCAUUGAAUUUAUUUCUGUUUUUUUUUUUUACAGAACUAAGUUUUUUUGUCUUUUUUCCAUCUUUUAUUACAACAGGGCCAAUUCACUAAUGUUUAUAUUCUUCCUAGUGGUUUUCUUACAUUUCCUAGAGACGGUUCUAUAUCUAGUCUGGAGAAUUGGUUUGACCUCAUGUACCUAUCUUGCUUACAGUCAGUUUUAGUAUCCAGUAAUGCUCUUAUCGGCCGAGAUAAAAGUGGCCUAUCAAUAUUAAAUAGUUGAAUGGCAACAAGCCAUAACUAAAUGAUGUAGAAAUAGGCAUAAUUGCUUGAUAAUAGGCAUGGUCUUGGUGAUUGCUUAAAUUAAAGUUGUAUUUAUGUAAAGUAUGUGUGUACAAACCAUAAUAAUUUAAUGGCCAAAAUAUUUUUAUGAAUAAAGGUUUAAUUGAAAGACAAACUGACGUAAUUGGAAUAGAAACAGACAUAACUGAAUGCAGAAUUAAUAAUUAAUCAAUUAUUGCAUGUGGACAGUAAAUAGUAAUUUUGAUUUAAAAACUGCUUUAUAAUUCUGCCUCUAUCCCAUAUGAAGACUGCUGUUUUGUCAACAGGGUUUUAAAUCACCAGGCAAGGCUCAGCCAGCAUGUUUGUUGCUGGAAGCUGGACGGAGCUUCUCUCCAGCUGUUAUGUCCCAGACUGAUGAGGAUGAAGUGGACAGUGCAUUUCAUGCUGAAGGUGUUCGUGUAAGUUUUUUACUGUACAUAUGCAUUUUAUCCAAUUUUGGUCUGAUCAGGUUUUGUUGAUACCUCCUUAAAACGGCAAAGCUCCUAGUAUAGUUGCUUCUUUGAAUUAGCUGUAAAGUUUUGGAUGUAAGGUGUUUUGUUUUUCUUUACAAAACAUUCCUAGUGAUGUUAUUUUAUGUGACUAAGUCACUGUGUAUCCUGACCCUCUCUUUUUCAUCGUAGGGGAUUGAUGAAGGUUCAGUUGAUGAUGAAGUGUUCUUCAGUUUUGCACCCGAAAAACAAAGAAGAAGAAAGGAGAAGCCAGGAUUUUUACCAGGAAUCAAAGAAGAAGAAAAACCUGUGCCUGCUGUACCACCAGUGGGCAGAGAUCAAAUCGAAGGACCCCCUGCUCCGUGAGUAUCAGUCAAAUACUGCAUUUUUCAUGUUCUUUUUAUAAAAAAAAUUCCAUUUUACUGAUCACAAUAUAUUUUGCCCAUUCAUUGUUUUUAUCAUUUAUGAGUAUAAAUUAAUGUAAUCUAUAAUGCUAUAUUUUUUCAGUCGACCACCCAUCCGCAGUAGGAGAGGACAAAGAAUUGCUGACAGACCUCGUGUUACCAACGCCAAUCGCCGAGAGUACGGCAAGGGCAUGGUAGGCAGAUGGUUGAAUAGAACCAUCAAGCGCAAGCGUUUGACAAGCACUGUCAAAAAACAGAUGGAAUCUCUUAGUGAUCAUAGGUUGGUAAACAGUUGUUCAGAAAUUUUUAUGGGCUUUUUAUGUGUAGUAUCAGAGAUUGUGAAUAUGAAAAUAAUAUAAUGCUCUUUUAAAACAGACAUUUUUAUCCUCCUUCCUCUUCAUCAUUGGUUGCCUAUGAACUUAAUGCAUUCAAAUUUUCAUUGGUGAUGUUUUUGUGUGAAUGCAAACAGUUUUUUCCCACAGAAAUUAUAAAGCUUAAAAAUGUAGUUAAAACCUGUGUUUAGUCCAUGCAUAUGGAAUGUGCUGAAGCUGAAAAUGAGCCCAUCUUCCACUUGCCUCAUUCCUUUAUGUAGUAGAUAAUGUGCUAGAGUUUAAAUUCAGUCACAGUAGUCUGAUAAUGUGAUAAUGCUGCGGUGAUUUCGUUUUUUUGGUAGAGUUCAGAAAAUGGCUGCUACUAGUAAGUCUUUUGCAAGCAGUAUGUUUUCCUUUUGUGUGCUUUUCUCUUUGCAGACCUUUCUUUACAUAUUGGAUCUCAUUUGUACAGACAGUUGUACUUAUUGUUGGCUUAGCUGUUUAUGGCUUUGCACCCAUUGGUUUCACAGAGAGAAAGAUAGAAGGAGUUGUAAGUGAUUUUGUUCCUUUAAGUUUAUUUCAUGUAGGAGCAAUAUUUAAGCGUUUAUAUAUUUAAGGUUUUAUGUGUUGUGUAUUAGUUAAGCCUACUUUUUUGGGCAUUGCAAUAAGAGUUAGAUUUGGACAAGGGAAUGAAUAAAGUUUUAUCAUGCUCUUUGAUCUCCAAAACUGAUCAGAACCUUGUUUAAAAAAUAACUGCUGAAUAUUGUUCCAUUGCUGUUGAUAGUCACGUUGGUGCCUAGAAACUUUUUCCAUUACAUUGAACGAAAAUAUGGAGUUGGGGAAUAAAAGGUACAGCUUUUUACAGAACAAUUUGACACGGCAGGAUACAAGUAUUAGAAAACAUGAAUUACCAAGGGCUUAUGGUACAGUGUACAGUCCUGAAUUCAGUCCUUACUGGCCUUUUUUAUUUAAGGUUGACAAGAGUCUGGCUGGAACACUUGUGCCAAUUAAGGAAUCUCGAAUGCAACAUGAGAACUUCUGGAUUGGUCCUAAUCAGGUACAUUCAUUUAUCAGUGAUACUGUGAGAUAAUAAUUUAGACAUCAUACGUGUAGCAUGUCUGAUAGUCUGUACUUCAUGUAAAGCUUCUUAUCAUGUCCUAAGCCACACUCAUGUUAUAAUUUGGUGGGUGGGGAAUUCAAAUCUGUAUGGCUUGUGCAAUGAUUACAAGAUGUAAUUGGUUGAAUAUUUAUAAAGCACAAGCCAUAGAUAUUUUGCAAGUAAAGAUUAGUAGGAUCUUUGUUGAGUUACUUUAAUUUAAACCUACACACACCAGGACUUCAUGACAAUAUUUUACUUUGUAGCGAGGAUUAAUCAGAAUGGGGGCCAAGUUUGCUCCUUGCAUGCGCGUGGACAGUAAACUGCAAGACGUGCUCCAGGAAGAAAGGAGAAAUGAGAGCGAUACAGGAUGCUGUAUAAAGUCUGAUGGAUCAGGAUGCAUUCAGACAUCGCAGAAAGAGUGUUCAGUAAGUUUGACUGAAAGGUAGAUUUUACCUGUAAGCAGGCAUACUUGAGUGAAUUAGGGGAAAAUGUUGGCAUCAAUGGCAGCUAAAUCUCAAAAAUUUUUCUUUAAUUAGCACAAGUAAGCCUGCUUGCAGGCCAGAGUAGUCUAACUGGGUUUAAGAAAGUGCAUGAAUCAGGUUCCUUUAGGGUCAUUAUACGGGAAAAAAACUGAGAUACUUGAUUCAAUCAGUUUCCUAACCCUAAUCACUAAACUUCAGUGUUAUAAGGCAUCCUGAAUACCCCCUUCUGGGGAAAAAGGGAAAGUUGUAUGCAUAAAUACUGGAUUUCAAAGAUGGAAGCUGAGUGUAUUCCUUAUUCUUUCAGAAAGUUAUUUUCAAUCUACUCUAGCCUUAGCGCAGAAAUUCCAUACUGAUGAUGCAUCACUACCCAGAUCUGGGUGGUGAUGUGUCAUCAGUAUGGAAAUUCUGUGCUUGUUCUUCUGACGAUAUUUCGUGGGAUACCGUUGGUGGCGUUGCGAAAUGCUGGUUGUUUUCUCACCAAACUUCACAGUUAUUUGGUGGCCAUUUACAAUUCUGCAAAAUACUCCUGCCAUGUUUUUCCACUUUUGUUGGGAAUAGACUUGUUGCCAUUUGGCAAUUUCAGGCAUGUAAAGUUUUCUCUUUUAAUGACUUGAAGCUGUGCCUGUCAUUGAUAAUAAUGAUGGCAUUUUGUUUUUAAUUCCAGAGAGCAUUUGCUUCCUUCAGCAAAUACUCCAAAGACAACAAAACAAGGAUCGUGUGUGGACAAGAUCCAAGGUAACUACAUAGAUUGCUUACAGUGAAAAAGAAUAUCAAUGUUAACUGGAAAAAGAAAAAAAGUAUUAAUGUUCAUUGCAAUCAAGCUGAAUUGUCGCAUGUCUCAAUUGAUGAUUCAGCUCAAGGUGAAUAGAGAAACCAUGAAGUUCAUGGUGUGUAUAUACUCACGCGAACAUUUGAUGACACUUAACAGAAAUCAGAAAAAUUCUUCAAGCUUAAAAGAGUGUUACUCAGCCAUGAUGAUGCCAUGAUGAUUCUGCAAAGAAAGUCAUUUUUACAGCUUGCCAUUCGGGCAAGCUGAAGCUAACAUUUACUAGCCCAAACAUCAUUUCAACCAGCCCCAAAAACGUUUUGAUGAGCAGAUUGAUUUCACAGCUCUCCUGUAUUUUCAAUUCCUCAAAAAACUUCACUUGCCCGUCGGGCAAGUUAAUAACAGAAUUCACUAGCCCGAUAGCAAAAUCCAGCAGUCCCGGGCUAUCGGACACUACCUUUUUUGCACGCUGAACAGGUCUCUUUAGGUUGUAUGUUCGUUUCCAAUGCAGGUCAUGUUAUAAUACUCUAGAGAAAAGUUUUCUUUCCUGUAGUUAUAUGUACGCAUAAUCUAUAAAAAGGCAAAGAAUCAAAUUCUCCCGGAAGCAUCAUUCGGAAAACAAAACGUACUAACUUAAGAGGUCUAUUCAAAGUGUAGACGACGAACAGUCUCUUUUUUUCGUAGUCUGUCGAGUGAAACUUGCGAGACACAAAAAUGACCACUCGCGUGACUGAAGGCGCGAGACGAGAAAGCGCGCGUGCACUGAAGAAAAAGAGAAACUGGUCACAGUCUAUUCAUAGUUUUGGUUACUUGUUCCUUAACAGAACGUGCUUGGACCCACCAGAUGUCGCUCCUGAUAGGUGGGAUUCGCAGGAUAUCACCAAAUGGCCGGUAUGUUGUCAGGGCUACUUACAUUUGUACAUUUAGAACAGAGUUUAAUACCAAACAUGCAACAAGUGACAUAUUUAAUUAUACAAAUAAUCAAAGUUACUGAAAAUGCUUAGUGCGUAGUGCACUAAGCACCAUCUUUAUUACCUUUGAGGAGUUGAACAAUUGGCUUUUCUAUAAUCUAUCAUGUUCAUUUUUAUUGUUUCUUCAAAGUUUACAACUUUAUUUUCUCACUACCCACAAAUUGCAAAAGCUAGUGUAGGUGGGCAGUGUCUUUAUAAAAAAAAGGCACUCCAACCUUAGAACUGCAAGUUAUAAGGCAUUGUAUUCCCCUCGCGGAGUUGGGCCACUAAGUUUUAAGUGAAGGCAAUCGAAACUGUAAUUUACUUGCCAACUUGGCAAGAGAAUUUUUUUGCCUGCCCUGAAUUUCCAAUGAGCCAUCGCCCAUGAUAGGGAAUUGGGCGGUAUCCAAAGUUAAGUUUCCGUGAUGAUUAUCGGAAAUAACGAAUAGAAAAUUUCAGAACAGUUUUUGCUAUAUUGUAGGUGUGUAAAAAGAACAAGCCGAAUUUAUCUCCUACGGACUAUCCUCACAUGACCUGUGAAAUCACUGGUCGGCCUUGCUGCAUGGGAAACGAAGCCAGAUGUGAAAUCGUCAGCAAAGGAGUGUGUGAUUUUUAUAAUGGUACAUGGCACGAGAAUUUUACACUUUGUUCACAGGUAAGUGGUGAGAAACGUAGCUUGUGUACACCCCCCUCCCCCCCUCUGAGGGGAGGGGGUGGCUGUGCGCAGGCAAUGGAAAACGGUGAUAUUUUAAAAUUGUUUUUAAAGAGACAGGUUCACGGUUAAGCGCCUGCUCAUUGAUUAAAUUACUUCUUUCCAAUUUAUUAUUAAUUUUAUCGGUUAAUAAUCCCACUCACUUGUAUCUCAGCGAUCUCAGGGUGUAUUUCAAAGUACAAUUGUAUUUCAGAGUAACCUGAAGUAGGAUGGAGGAGUACUAAAAUCGCAGAAAAAAUUAGUGGAUUAUGCCAACACUACCAACGUUGAAUUUAUUAUUGACCUGAAGGUUUUAUUCCAUGGUUGAUUAAUUUACAGCCAUUUGCAAAUAUUUAAGUUGAUCAAGUGCAAGUGACUGCCAGGGGAGUGUGCAGAUUGGUACUUUGACAACAUUAUGACAUGAUCAUAUUACUUGCACAGACAAUACAGCAUGUCCCGGUAGAAAAACAGCAUUCUGUCAAAUGAGCAUAAGCUGAACCGUGAACCUGUCCCUUUAAAUCUUUUUUUCGUGGGAGAGAUGGUAGAAUCAAAAUUCAAGAUUUUUUGCAGCCAAUGGCAAAUUGUAUUAUAUCAAAAUGUUAGUAAUAUAAACAGCAGCCGGGAAAUAAGUAAAUUAUCCGACCGUUAUGAGAAGAAAAUAUUACACUCUGAGUUUUGAAAAGGGUUCAAUCUUACGGCCGACGGGAUAUUCACAUACGGUGUUUGUUGUUCGCUUUAGUGACUCUCUCUUGUAGCUUUUCCAACACAGUUAAUGCCCAAAGGCAAUCUACACUAUGUUGUAGGCGUAAAACAUCGAUCGUUCGACAUAUUUGUUUUGUUUUUAUGCGACAUUCAAGUAAGUUGUAGGUUAAAUUGGCGCGGAAUUUUUUUCGUACAACUUGUGUGAAUAGAUGGCCCGCUUUUAGCUUGUUCGCAGGUGUACAGCUGCUUGAAAUUUUGUCCGUCGAUCGUAGUUGAUUCGAUUUAAAACGAACUGUUCAUGCCAGUGAAGCUCAGCAUCCGGCUUGCGCUUUCUUUAUAGCGGAGCUCCACGCGCGCGCGAGCUUAGCCCCAAGAAAAUGUGGUAAUCUACCCAUCUGAGACAUUUUGGUAAUCACGUGACCGUCCGCGCGCCCGCCCGUCCACACCACAGAUAUACCAAUGUAAAAUAACUCAAUCAACAGGUAUGGCAACCCAAAUAUUUUGGCGGGAAAUCGCAUAACCACCCGCGUCUUGUGAAGCAGGGACAUCUAAAGUCAAUAAAGACGAAAACGGAAAGCUGAAAUUGUUUCUGUAUCCGUAUUGCCUAAAGUAUUAAGCUUAGAUUAAUUGUCACGUCCACAAAUUUGGAAUAUUGAGAAAGAGAAAGACAGAGAAAAAGAGAAAGUAGGCGACAGGCCAGCGAAGCUCAACGAGAAAAAGAGCGACAGAGAGCUAGAGCGAGAGAUAAAAAAACAAAGGAGACAUUAGGGCCAUUUAUACGAGGAAAAAUAAGACGCGAAGUGGACCAUUUAUACGAGCAUGUCUUAUCUAAGUCUUCUGUAUACUUAAACUUACUUUUAAAGUGUAAAGUUUAUAAUACGAAGAUAGCAAUUUGAUUAGUAAUUAUAACUUGUGAUAGUUUAAAGUUAAAAGGGUCUACUUACACCAGCAGAUGUCAUUCAUUUGUCCAGGAGGUCUGUUAUCGCCUUCUCCUUACAUAAUAGCAAAAAAUAUUUUUCCUCGGCGAUGGACCAAGUAUUUCUUUUUGCCUUUAACGGCGUGUUCAUUGUAUUUGAGAGAAGAAAAAAUAAAGCAGAAUAGACAAGGACACGAAAACGCGUUGUAAUUUGUAGACAAUUUUUCCCCGCCAGUGGCCUGCCAGUCCACCGCGGGGCAAGCGAUAAUUUUCCCGCCAAAAAUUAACGCAUGCGUACUAUGCGUUCGCGUCUUAUGUAAGACGCGAAGACGCGUCUUAUCUAAGAACAGGUGUUAAGGGCUGUUCUAAAAUAAGACGCGUGUUAGCUAAGUCGCGUCUUAUUUUAGACGAAAUGUGCCGUUUAUACGGAAAGUUCGCGUCUUAUUUUUCCUCGUAUAAAUUGCCCUAUUUAUUGUUGGAAGAACAACAUGAAUUUUUUGUAGCGGCAGGGAGAAAAUGAGAAAUGCUAGCGGCCACCAAGAUGAAAAUGAGCGGCAGUGAAAAAACAAAGUGAACAAGAACACGUACGACAUUUCCUCCCUAAAACGUGUAACCAGGAAGUUUCUCGAAGUUUCACGAUGUAGUCGUGCAAAACAACGGCAAAGAAAUGUACAAAAAAGUGUGCUGCACGUGCAAAGUUGCUUUUUUGCUAAUUAGACCUAUUGUUGUUUUUUCACCGUUCUCGUUACCUUCGCCGCUAGCAUUACACGAUUUUAUAUUUUGUUUGAGCAAACUAUACAUAUUAUCGACAGCUUCGCUUUUAGCCCUGGCUAAAUCUAUAUAUUAGAUUGCGUAUAACACGAACAAAUUAUUUUACAUACAGUAGGAAUUAAACAACAUUUGAAGCAUACGAUUGAUAACGUUUGAAAACCAACAACGGUUUUCAAAAAACGUCCUUAAUAUUUCUUGUCAACUUUGUCAUUGAAACCGCCUGCAGAUUUCCUUCACUUAGUAAGCUUUUCAACAAUUUUUCUUCAUAUCGUAACAAAAAAUAAAUGAAAUAGUGCUAAUGAUGUUAAUGAUACUCACGUUUUCCAUUGGUUGUUUACGUAAAAAAUAAUCCUUUUUCACGUUGAAUAGUGAGCUUGCAAAACGACGGCACAACGCGAACAUUUAUGAAACUCUAAAGCCACCACCCCAUCAAGACUUCUCAUGUGGUGGAUAAAAAUUGUCGUCCGGAGAACUCGUCGUUGCGUGUCCACCUCCUCCACAAAGCUCCUUUUAUAUGAGGGAGGUUUCUUUUUCAAGGAAAACUUGCUGCUGUGAUAAUAGUGCUGCGGUGUUAAGAACUUUACCAAAAAGUGUGCUGCACGUGCCAAGUUGGUUUGCUCAUUAAGGCUUGUUUACACUAGCCUGCUAGUCGGGCGCCGGUUACUUCUUUUGGUGAGUUUUUCAGAGCGCGUGAAGGCGGCAACACGCGCAGGGAAGAGCAGGGCGGAAGGAGGCUUCUUCUCGUGCGUGCGUGCCUGUCCUCGAAAUUCCUAGCUACGUUUACACGGGCGAUUUUAUUGCGUAAUUUGUCUCGCGACGGGAACUACAAUUAGGUUGCAACUCGAAAAUCGCCCGCAUGUAAAAAGCCUCCAAUAUUAUUGCCAUCAGUUCAGUAAGAUUUGUCGCUGGCAGAAAACAGCAAAUUCGAUUCGCGAGGCGAGCACGGGGAACGGAAAAAAGAAAAACGGGAACAAGAUGUAACAUUAACCUUGUCCCCCAACCUCAUUACCUAUUCUCUAUUUUGUUCCCGUUUUCCCACCCCUCCCUCCCCUCUUUCCCCUGUUUUAGUAUCACCCACCCGACCGUGCUUAUGAGAAUGUUGUCUCUCUCUUUCAGGUGGAUUGCAUUAGCGACACCUGUGGAAUGUUGGAUUUUCAUCGCAAGGAUAAGCCUGACCAAGUUUAUCGUCUUUGGAUGGCAAUCUUUGCUCAUGCAGGGUAAUUUUGACACUUACUGUGCACACAAUUGUAAAUGUUUGCCUAAAAAGAGCGAAAUUUUCUUGAAGAUUAGAACCUGUUGAGUAUUUUCUAGGGGUGACCACGUUAGAGAUAGUUCACAACACUGUUGUUUGAACUCCCAUCAAGGGAAAAAAGAAAUAUGUUGCAUAACAAUUUUUUUUCACUCUGAUUUGUGCUACUAUUAUUCUUUCCUUUGUUUUAGGAUAAUUCAUCUUUGCUGCACUUUGAUCUUUCACUUUACCAUCAUGCGCGACAUGGAAAAGAUGGCCGGCUGGCUUCGCAUGGCCAUCAUCUAUAUAUUUAGCGGGAUUGGCGGCUAUCUUUACAGUGGAAUACUUCUCCCGUACCAGGCUGAGGUAAUAAUUUUCGUCCUUUGGAUUGUUUUUCUUUUUUGCGCUUAAUUCGUCGACUCCAUCGCUUUUGCCUUUGCCGAAUAUUCGCCAUUUAAGAAACGAGAGGGAAACUGGGGCGAGUGACCUUUCGCAAAGACUUCUGGGACAGUUACUUGGGACAUUAGCCAAUGACUGACCGGCGCUUGUCCUGUAACGAUCCCCUAAACAAUUGCGGGACGUAUUUUGGCUCCAGUCCCCUGCUCGUUUCUAAAGCGGUGAAUGGGCUGCACAGGACCUUGCCCCACUUAAAAGCCUUUUUAUUUUUGCAGGUCGGCCCUUCAGGCUCCAUCUUUGGUGUAAUCGCCUGUCUGUUUGUGGAGUUAUUUCAAAGUUGGCAGAUCAUAGCCAGACCAGUAACAGCUCUACUCAAACUCUGUGGAUUAGUCUUGCUCCUCCUGGUCAUAGGUCUUCUACCUUACGUCGACAACUUCGCCCAUAUGAUCGGUUUUGUGUUUGGAUUUCUGUUGGCCUUUAUCUUUCUUCCUUACGUAUCAUUUGGCGAGUUUGACAGACGACGGAAGCAGAUUCAGAUAGUUGUGUGUUUUGCGCUGGUUAUUACGCUGUAUGUCGUAGGAUUUUUAGUUUUUUACAUCUAUCAGGGGUCUAGUUGUGACGGCUGUGAGUUCUUAAACUGCAUUCCAUUCACGCCUGAUUUCUGCAAGCCCUACACCCUUGGACAAAAUCUUCAACCGAGAACGAGAUAGACGCCUACAGACAAACUAGACGUAGAGUAGAAAAAGGAUUUUUUUUAUUUGAAAUGAGAUUGAUAAUGCGUUAUGAAACCUGUUGUUUGCACAAUGUAACAAUGUAUUCGCUGCUCAAUGAGUACGCUGUGGUUAUGACAGUCUUUUCGAUGGCCCCUCCUCGCUUUCGUACGGGAUACACAAGAGUGCGUACGGUGCACUUCAGAGUCUAACAAAUAGGAAUCGCUGUGGCGCGAACACUACAAACCCAGGUGUCACUAGGAGACAAACAGCCCACUCAAAUCCGUCGAAGGCGUAGUGACAUCAACACGUGCGAAACACGUGCAAAGAAAUGUGCCGGUGACGUCACUCGAUCGUGACUCACCUUUAACACUGGAAUUUUUGUUUAUAAUUACAUGGAGUGGUUUUUGCUUUGCGAGCAUUCGUCCCACCCCGUCAACAUACUUGCAUUUUGUCAUGGCGGAUGUAAAGUAAGUUAAGUGUGUACUUUUUGCCAAUAAAAAUUGCUAAAAAGGAAGUUUAUCGAUAAGAUCUCCAAUGUACGAACAACUUAGCUGUACAGUAAUUGAAAUACAAUUUUGAAGAAAAUAUGGAAUGAAAGAAUAUGAAGUGUUUUUAAGGAAAUGUUUUUAAAUCGGUAAACAGUCAUUCUUUGAAAUUUAAGAGGCAGAAAGGGGGUUUCCGGAAAAACUCAU